CAUACAUCGCCGUCCCCUUUUCAGCCUUAUGGAUACAGAAGCAGCACCAGCUGCAGGGGUUCCUGAUCACCCACCACUGCCUCUGAUGUUCGACGUUCAAUUCCGCUCAAUACGAAGCACAGAAAUUCUUGUUGGUACCCACGAACGAUACAGAAUAUUACUACCGAGUAUGUGUCGUUGUAUAUGUAAAUUAGUCCACAAGGCUAUGCAAAGUUCGGUUUUGCUUCUUAGUUGUCAAUCUGCUUAUCCGCAAAGAAUGAGUUUUCAUUUUUCAAACCAGCAUUCCCUUGGCGCUCAUGACCAAGAAAUUGGGGCCGGCAAGAGACUUCCAAGACAGCUUAGACGGCAUUUUCAAAGGAUGUGUUGAGGCUCUUUCUGACUCGGAAGGCUGGAAUGAUUUUCCAAGCUUUCGAAUGCUGGCGAAAUCCCUUGCUUGUCUGCCUGGCUUAGAGAGGGAUGCUCAGAUCGCUUUGUCCUGCCAGUUCUACAUCGUCGAUAAGGAUAUACGAGAACCUGAUAAAGCAGAUGAAGACGAGGAUGAGACCAGCGUCACAGCGGAAGACUAACCCACUGAGGAGAGUGCAGGGCCGAGUGACGAUACUGCUAAUGUCAACCAAGCGAAUAGCAGUG